UUCAAAAGUUCUUUUAAGAAAAGAAAUCCGCUCUCUUUUUUUCUCUUUUUUGAUUAGCUUAUUGUAUUUAAUUAUAUUAUAUUUGUAUGAAAUAUGAUAUGAUUGUGACAUAUAACUAAUCGUGAAACACAUCAAAUAACAGUGCCAAAUAACAAUGCCAAUAUCUUGUCCAAAUAUCGUUGCUUGAAUGUUAAAUGCUACAACACCUACAACGAUGGACUUAAUCUCUUUGAUACUAUGUGCUGUGCUCGUUGUUUUAAUAAUACCAGUAUUUUUAUCGGCAAUGUAUAAUUAUUGUGUUCUUCGGCGAAAACUCAAGAACAUUCCUCAAUGCGGCGUAUUUCCUGUUGGAGUGGCAUUUGAAUUAAUAAACUUAACGGAUCAUGAACGUAUAUUAUGGAUGAUUGAACGUAUGCUACGAUAUCUUAAAGAAGGAAUGUACAUAUAUUGGAUUGGCCUGAAGCCGUUCAUUAAUAUUUAUAAACCUGAAUUAUUAGAGAUUAUUAUGCCCAGCACCGUAAAUAUUGAGAAAGGACAUCCUUAUUAUAUGCUGGAAUCUUGGUUAGGCAAAGGACUUCUAACAUCUACAGGAAAACAAUGGUUCCAUGAUAGAAAGCUGAUCGGACCAACGUUCCAUUUUAGUAUAUUAGAUCAAUUUGCUGUGGUUAUGUCUGAAAAAGCAGAGAUCUUGACAAAAUGUCUCGAGAAAGAGAUAGCAAAACAUCCAGGGAAGGCCAUCAAUAUUUUUCCUUUUACUAAUAAUGCUGCUCUCGAUGUUAUCUGUGAAACAGCAAUGGGUGUGGAUGUACAUGCUCAAGAAGAAGAAACCAAGUAUACCGCUACGAUACAUAGAGGUUCGAAAUUAAUAAUGGAUCGAUUUUUUCGACCAUGGUAUUGGCCAAAUUGGUUCUACAAUUUAGUACCUCAAGGAAGGAAAUAUAAAUCACUAAUUAACAUAAUCCAUAAGUUUACGGGAGAGGUAAUACGUAAAAAAAAGAUUACACGACAAUCGCAAAACGGUUCUACCAAAGUGGAAAGUGAAGAUGAUGAACUUGAUAUAGGUAAGCGGAAGAGAAAAGCUUUUCUGGAUCUAUUACUAGAUCAGAAUGAGAAGGCCGAAACUCCGUUAAAUGAUGAUGAACUGAGGGCACAAGUCGACACAUUCAUGUUCGAGGGUCACGACACAACUGCGGUUGCGAUAACUUGGACACUCUUUCUUUUGGGCAAUAAUCUAGAGCAUCAAGAAAAAGUUCAUGAAGAACUCGAGGAAGUUUUCAAAGAUUCAGAAACACCAGCCACCGUAAAGGAACUGUCGCAAUUAAAAUACCUCGAUAGGAUAAUAAAGGAAACUCUCAGAAUAUAUCCGAGUGUACCCUUAAUCACAAGGAAAUUAGCGGAAGAUGUAAAAAUGGGCGAUUAUAUACUUCCGAAAGAUUGUACAGUCAUGUUGGCCAUAGCAUUAACGCAUACAAAUCCGGAUACUUGGCCAGAUCCAUACAAAUUCGAUCCAGAUCGCUUUCUUCCGGAAAAUUCAAAACACAGGAAUCCAUAUGCCUACAUUCCAUUCAGCGCCGGACCAAGAAACUGUAUUGGCCAGAGAUUUGCUUUACUCGAAGAGAAAAUGUUGUUAACAGCUGUUCUGAGAAAGUGGAGAGUGAAAAGUGUAAAAGAAGCCGUUAAAUUUGGGCCAACUAUUAUUUUCCGACCAAGCGAAGAAAUAUGCAUCCAUUUCACGCCAAAGAAAUAAUCAAUUUAACAACAAAUGUCUAUUUUUCUUUAUCGUACGCAAUUUUUAUAAUCUUUUUCUUUUACAGAAUUUGAAUCAUUAUUUUCGUUAUGGAUAUGGAGUACUAGUAUUAUACAUUAUGUUUUUAUAUAUAGUAUUUAAGUAAUAUGAAGUGAGAUAAACGUUUGAACGUUCUUUACGAAGCAUCGAGCAUAUAUGUAUAUAAAUAUAUAUGUACGAAAUAUAUGAAUUACUAUAGUUAAGGUUAUUAUUAAGAUUAUAUAUAUAGUUAAGACUUAAAGGAAUAAAUGAUUUGUGAACAUAA